AACCAUUCAGUUUCCUUCCUGUGGAUUACAGCUGUGAACAGACCCCAGACCUUCCUCUCUCUCUCUCUCUCUCUCUCUCUCCAUUCCUCUCUUCACGGAUUCUGUAACCCUCUCUCUGCAUUUUUCCACUCCUCUCUCCACUCCUCUCUCCACUCGCUGGUCUCCUUGGUGAUCCCCGCUCCACUCCUCCUCUCCAUUCCUCUCCUCCUCGUCCUCCUGUGUGGUAGGGGCGAUGUGCUCUACGGGUUUUGUGCGGUCGCUGGGCUUUGCCCUCCUGCCCCUGGCGGUGUGCUGUAUUGUGGCCAACGUUCUGCUGUUCUUCCCUGGAGGAACGACCCAAUACUUGCAAGAGGGGAAACUGUCCAGGCUGGUCUGGUUCAUGAUGGGCAUCGGAGGGGGAGGCGCAUUGAUGUUCCUGCCUGCUGGUGUGUUCAUCAGCCUCGGGAAAUGUACGGGCUGCUGUUGGAAUGAAAGCGUCGUGAUGUGUGGAUCAGUCACGGCAGCGUUAGUUGGGUUGGCCGGGUCGGGGUACUGUUUUGUCAUCUCUGCCAUGGCCAUGUUGGAGGGACCUCAGUGUGACACCGGUCUGGGAUGGUCCUAUCCCUUCGCCAACGAGGGAGGAAGGUACCUGUUUGAGCAGGAGACGUGGUCUAACUGUUCAUAUCCCGCCAGCAUUGUGGAGUGGAACGUGACUCUGCUGUCCAUCCUGCUGGGUCUCAGUGGGUUGGAGUUUAUCAUCUGUUUCCUACAGGUCAUCAACGGACUGGUGACAGCCGUCUGCAGACCCUGCUGCUACAAACAGGACUAUACCCUCAACGCCUGAACACACACACACACACACACAAAUGUGACACACACACACACACACACACACACACACACACACACACACACACACACACACACACACACACACACACACACACACACACACACACA